AUGGAGAGUGCAAACAAGGAGUGCAACUCCACAAAGAAGUCAGGGGAAGAAUAUUUGAGUUGCAAAUUCAAACUUACAUCAGUAGAAGCCGAAGAGGGACAGGUGGCCUCUGGUGAACCAUGUGUACCAGGAAACUCGGCAAAGGGGACCAAAAGAAAAAGAUCUAUAAAAAAUAAUAGAGCUCACUGUCCACGAAAAAUGCCACGAUGUUGUGACGAUGUGAAACCUCAGAAGAAGAUACCGAUUCCUCCUUUACCUUCUAUCCUGCCCCCUGUCAACCUGAUUCACAGGGACGUUGUGCGCGCUUGGUGCCAGCAAUUAAAACUGAGCACCAAAGGCCCGAAACUAGAUGGGUAUAAACGCCUCUGCGAACAUGCUUACCCUCAUCAAAAAAACAUUCCUGCCACAGCAGAGGAGGCCAGGAUCCUAUCACCAUCUAGGAGAAAAUCAGAGAUGGACAAGGUGGGACUACGUCUGGAACGUUCUGAUAAAAAGGUGUCUUCUGAAGCGGCUGCUCCGCCUGAGGAGGGAGCAUCCGCACUGGAAGGGUCUCCUGCUCCUGAGGGAGUCGUCUCAACUUUUGCCCCUGACCCAGAUGCUGUGUUUGCCUCCUGGAGCAGAAUGACAGCCACGGCUGUGAAGAUGGAAUCAGGGCAAUCACGAGAGACCUGUGGGGUCCGGUGGUGCGUGGUCCAUGGGAAACGUCUUCCUGCUAACGUAGAGGGCUGGGUUCAUUUACAAUUUCAUGCUGGACAGGCUUGGGUGCCUGAAAAACGAAGGAGGGUGUCUGCACUCUUCUUGCUACCGGCCAGCAAUUUUCCACCCCCACACCUGGAGGACAACAUGCUGUGCCCUGAGUGUGUACCCAGGGAUAAAGUAUUAACGAAAAGCCUGCAGUGA